UUCGACCUCGAACCCCCAGUCGCUUGCCCCCAGCACAUCAAUUCCACCAUGUCUAUGUUCAGGAACAAGAAGCUGGACCUCGGCGGCUUCAUCAACGGCAAGAUCAUCCGUGACCACACCAAGCGGAGAGUCUUCGAGGCGAACGAAGUCGAACGUCAAGCUCUCCGCUAUGUGAUCCGCAACACCACUCUCCCCCAGCGUGCCCGUGCUCAGGCGCAAUUGCAGCUGGCCCAGAUGCACGCUUACACCCGGUCCACCCAGAUCAGGAACCGUUGUGUAGCGGGUGGUGUCGCCCGAUCCGUCAUCCGGGACUUCCGACUCGGAAGAUACCAAUUCCGUGAACAAGCGUUGGCCGGCGAGCUUCCCGGCGUGAGGAAGGCCAGUUGGUAGACUCGGUGUUGUUUUGUGUGGUCGUCUGCGACACCCUCCUGGUGUCUAUGUGCAUUUGACAAGCUUCUCUGGGUUGGUUCGGUGCUUUCAUGAUGGCGUUUCCUUUUGUGUGUGUUCCUUCUUCCCGAUCUUCCCUGGGGAAGGAGAUGUACUCUAUGUUAUGAUGGGUAUUGAUCGAGAAUAUCAAACCAGCGAUCUUUAUGAGAAUUUGAAUUCGUGACUGC